AUGGAAGACAUACCAGAAAACUCUAUUUGGAUUCAGUCCUCAAAGUGGAAUACAAAGAUACGCUCAAAGAAAAGUGGUUUGGUACUUGCCUUUGCCCAAAUGAAGGAAAGCCUUCCUAAUAUUGGCUAUGCACUCAAAUAUCAUCCUAUUAUAGACUAUAGAAAUGCUCUCUCAGCCGCAUGUAAAACCAUUACAGCCCCAUAUCUCGAAAAUAUCGUCGAGCAUUUUCGACAAAGAGCUAUAUAUUAUUUAAAAUUUAACCUUAGACAAAUACAUGAAUGGUUGAAGACUACUGCUGAGACUAUUUGGUCGGAGGCUCACCUAUUUGGUUUGACAGUGGUGCCCUGCCUGAUAUUGACAACAAAGCCCGAAUACUCAAAAUUUGUAUCACUCUCGGAGAAGAUGAUUGUAACUUCUACUAUGGUCAAUAUAUCUUCUUCUCCUGACAGUUUUAUAUCUAUUUUGGGCUUUAUCCUUACCUAUGUUGAGCGAAUCCGCAACAAAUAG